AUGCAUAAAAUUCAAGGUAGCGUAAGAAAUGACGAAACUGACGAUUACGAUCCUGUGAAAUACAGACCGUCAGAGCAGAUAACUUCUACGACUUUUGCGACGUUUAUGCAUUUAUUAAAGGCUGCUAUCGGAAGUGGAAUUUUAUUUUUACCAUACGCUUUUAGAAAGACUGGAUAUAUUGCUGCCAUUACUUGUAGCAUUCUCGUAGGCAGUAUAAGCAUUCACACGGCUGUUUUAACGGUGCAAUGCAGCCAGAUCCUGUGCAAGCGCGCGCGCAUACCCUCGCUGAACUUUGCGGAAACGGCCGAGGUCUCGUUCGGCCUGGGACCGGAACCCUUUCGAAAGUACGCCAAUGCAUUUGGCGUCGCGACCAACGUCAUCGUUUGCUUCGUGCAGUACGAGACUGCCGUGGUCUAUGCGCUCUAUAUCGCCUCCUCUUUACAACAGGUUAUCGAGUAUUUCGCCGAUGCACAUGUCGACGUUCGCUGGUACUUGAUGGCCUUGAUACCGAUCUUCAUCGCUUUUUCACUAGUACCAAACUUCCGAUAUCUGGUACCGUUCUCGGUGAUGGGCGCCGUUUUUCUCUUUUUCGGCUUCUGUUUGACCUUCUACUAUCUACUUUCGGACUUCCCAUCACCGUCGAGACUCGAGACCUACACCGACUACGAACAGCUGGCUAUCUAUUGUGGCGUCUUUCUUUUCGCUGUGCACAACAUGUCAAUACUCUUGCCGCUGGAGAACUCGAUGAUCCAUCCCUCAAUGAUGCCAGUUGUGCUGGGUAGCUCGAUGAUCGUCAACGUUUGUAUCUACAUACUAUUUGGUUUCCUGGGUUAUAACAAGUAUCCAGAUGCGUGCGACACGGUUAUUAUGAAUCUGCCUCUCAAUGAAUUGCCAGCGCAAAUGGUAAAAGUCUCAAUUGUCCUAUCAGUCUUAUGCACUUACGGUCUUCAAUAUUAUGUGCCUAUAACUAUUUUAUGGCCAAUGAUUGCAAAGAAAAUUGGCGAUAACAUAUGCUAUGAAAGAUGUUUCCGCAUAGGCGGUGUUAUUAUUUGCACUCUGCUGGCAAUAGCUCUGCCACACAUGGCGUCGCUUCUGGGUCUGUUUGCAGCAAUAAGCAUGACAACCGUGAUGCUUCUAAUCCCCAUAUUGAUUGAGAUCGCAACCAAGUGGAAUUAUCUUACAGGCUGCAAAGGCAGGAUUAUGAUCAUCAAGAAUAUUGUCAUCAGCAUCGUUUGGCUAAUGCUUCUGAUUUUCGGAACUCUGGAAAAUAUAAAUUCUAUCAUCCGUCAAAAAAGCGGCGAUGAACCAGUUACAUCGGACAUGUGCUCCACAUCGUAA